AAGCUUGCUACGUAUUGAUAUUACCGGAGUGCCACUGGCAUACUGAUGCAUUUUCAAACAGCGUAGGCUCCCCGAUCAUCUCCUACUACCGUAGUGCACGCUUGGGCCAUCUCGGUGUAUAUGGUAUCGGAGGCACGAAUGCGUCGGGACAGGUACCCGUCAUCCCCGGCAACUACGGACUCAUCGACCGGGAUACUCCAGAGAGCGCGUACUAUAAGACGUCGUGGUACAACGGCAAGACGGAGAUGACACUCGUGUUCUCGGACGAAUUCAACACACCCGGGCGCACGUUUUGGCCGGGCGACGAUCCGUACUGGGAGGCGGUGAACCUGUGGUACUGGGAAACCGAAAACCUCGAGUGGUGUCACCCCAGCGCAAUCCAGACGGCGAACGGGAGCUUGGUCAUCACGCUGGAGCAGAAGGAGAUGAAUGGUCUGAACUACACUGGCGGAAUGAUGACUACGUGGAACAAGUUUUGUUUCACGGGCGGCUACGUGGAAGCGAACGUGAGCCUGCCCGGCUUGAACAACGUUGUUGGGCUCUGGCCUGCGAUCUGGUCAGUCGGGAAUCUCGGCAGAGCAGGGUAUGGCGCAAGCCUCGAUGGCUUGUGGCCAUAUACGUACGACUCCUGCGACGUGGGUACGGUCGCGAAUCAGUCCGUCAACGGCCAGCCCGUCGCAGCCACGACAACUGGGCCCUCUAAAUACGGUGGCGUGCUGUCGUAUCUGUCUGGUCAACGUCUGUCACGGUGUACAUGUCCGGACGAGAGUCAUCCGGGCCCAAAGCACAGAGACGGAACGUUCAUUGGGCGUUCGGCGCCGGAAAUUGACAUCCUAGAAGCACUCAUAAGUGGAAGCUCGCCUGUAGGGCAGAUCAGUCAGAGUGGACAAUGGGCACCCUUCAAUGCAGGAUACGAGUGGUACAACACAAGCGCAAAUGAAAUUAUUUACAACGCAUCAGUCUCAUACUUCAACAAUUACACCGGCAGUGUCAUUCAGCAGGCGACGAGCGUACUCUCAGAGGCCGACCAGAAUUGCUAUGAAUACGAGACAGGGUGUUUCUCGAUCUAUGGCGUAGAGUACAAACCCGGCUUCGACAGUGCGUAUAUGACGUGGAUAUUGAACAACCAGGCGUCUUGGACGCUCAACGUCGCAGGCAUGAAUGCGGACCCGGGGGUGAAUAUUUCCCAACGUCCGGUACCGCAGGAGCCCAUGUAUCUCAUCAUGAACCUCGGGAUGUCCUACAGCUUCACUCAAGUGGACCUCGCGAACAUACCCUUCCCGGUUCACCUCCGGGUGGACUACAUUCGGGUAUACCAGCCAAGCGACUCGAUCAAUGUCGGAUGCGAUCCAGUCGACUUCCCUACGGCUGCGUAUAUCAAUAAGUACGCGGAGGCGUACUGGAACCCAAAAAUGACGACCCACUGAAUAUCAUCCUCGCCGUGACUCCUUGGAGUGAAGACAUUAUUAUCUAUCAUUUGGUGUAGACACAUUUACUGUUAGAAUGUGAUAAGUCCCAGUACCUCUUAUAGCAUCAUUUAAGUUAUGCAGCG